CCGCUACGCCCCUGCUGAAGACACACACACACACACACACACACACACACACACACACUCUCACUUGGCUGCUCUGAAUUGUGGAAACACCUCCUAAAACACCUUUUCAGAUGCAGAAAACUGACAUAUGAAACUGGACUCUGAUUCUUCUGUGACGGAUGAAGGUUUCGCAGGCAGUGUGUCGACACGACUGAACCUACAUGAGGGCGAGUUCAUUUCAUGAUGUGCUAAUGUUUCAGGUUCUGUGUGCAGUCAGUCAGCAGCAUUAUGAACUGUGAUCAGCUGUUCUGCUUCACACACUGACAGCAGAUGAUGAAGACUGCCAACAUUUACAAGAGGAACCGAUGCAGUUUAACAGACGCUGAGAUCUGGCCUUCAGCACCACCACAUCACUGAAGAUGAGGACUCUGAUGAUCCAUCACGGGUCAGACCGUGUUCUGGGUGUUACCGUGUGAAAAACCCACCCCUCACUGACAAAGGUCCAGAAUUUGUCCCACACAUGAGCUCAUGUGAUGUAUUUUGACUGCUACAGCAUCAUAAAUAGUUAAAAUAACCCAUCCAAGGUGUCUCAGUGGUGUCGCACUGUGCCCUCACAGCAAGAUCACUGGUUCGAGUCCCGGCUGGGUCAGUUGGUGUUUCUGUGUGGAGUCUGCAUGUUCUUCCCGUGUUGGCUGGAAUAGUUGUUGGUUCAUUCCGCUGUAGUGACCCCUGAUUAAUAAAGGAAUUAAGCCUGAAUGAGUGAAUGACCCAUUGAGAAGGCUUUAAGCAGAAUCCUCUGUUGGCUGCUGCUUCAGUCUGUUUUUGAUCAAUUUCUCCAUCAUCUGUGCAAGAAACCCUGUGAGUGAAGUCAUCUGUGCCUGCUGGGUUGUUGUUCAACUCAGAAAACAUUUUACAGGUGACUUCUAAAUCUAAACCUUGGAGAUUAUUCCUGGAACAAACAAUGAGUAAUGAAAGGUGUGAAGCCCCAAGAGCGGCCCGGAAUACAGUUCAUUUCAGUACUAUAUUAGCUAUAGCUGUUACCCAGGAGUUUUCAGACAUUCAUAUUCCUUCAGCUGAGUCCCUUUAUUAAUCAGGGGUCACCACAGCGGAAUGAACCGCCAACUUAUCCAGUAUGUUUUAUACAGCGGAUGCCCUUCCAGCUGCAACCCAGUACUGGGAAACACCCAUACACACUCAUCCACACACACACUCAUAUUUAGUUGAUCAGUCCCCCUAUAGCGCAUGUGUUUGGACUGUGGGGGAAACCGGAGCACCCGGAGGAAACCCACACCAACACGGGGAGAACAUGCAAACUCCACACAGGAACACCAACUGACCCAGCUGAGACUCAAACCAGCGACCUUCUUGCUGCGAGGUUAUAGUGCUAUCGCCACCUGUGACGCCACCGUGAGUUUUCAAAUAUCCUUUUUAAUUUUAAAGAAAGGCUGAAAGAUGCUGGAGCUCUCCAUGAUCAUCAGGGGGAAUCUUUAUAUUCAGAUGGUCCGACUCUGAGGACAGCUGAAUGUGUUAUUGGCCUGAUAAAUGACGAGAGACUGCAGUUUUUAAUGUAACAGAUUCCUGUUUUCCCCUAAUGAUGAUGUAUAAAUCUGUAUUUUAAUUAUUUCUUCAUUUUGCUUUCUUCUAAACCUUUAAUGUUUUUGCUACAUGAAAAGUGAAUAUGGUGACCAUCUGACAUCCUCAUCCAGCUCAAUACAGCUUACAGUCAGUAAAAUGCAGCAUUAAAUAGAAAAUAAGGUGAAUACCUGCGGAGAGGUCCAGAUUUGGAGAAGAACCCCCUACAGCAGGCUGAUACAGGCCUGAAGAGAGACCUCAGAGCUUUUUCUGGUACUGUAGUGUAGCAAUGAGACGUGUUUAAUCAUCUGCUGUUUAAUAUCAGCGGCACAACACACACACAUGAUCAGGCUGAAGAGCAGAUCACCAGUACAACACUGGAAACUCAGAGUGUGUGUGUGUGUGUGUGAGAGAGAGAAAGUGUGUGACGUCAAAGAGAGAGAGAGAGAGUGUGUGUGUGUCUGAGUUUCUUUGUGUGACAAAAGUAAGUGUGUGUGACGUCAGUGUGUGUGUGUGUGAGUAUAAAGUCUCGCUGGACUGAUGGAGUCCUCAGACUCAGCGCAGCUCCGGUUCCUCGGUGUUUCCUCCGGUAACUCAUCAUCAUGUUCCGCGUGUGUCCUGCGCUGCUGCUGGUGUGUGUGUGUGUGUCCGGGCUGUGUGUUUGCGUGUCCGCGGAUCUGCCCAGAGACUUCGGAGUGAAGCUGUGCGGCCGCGAGUUCAUCAGGGCGGUGAUCUUCACCUGCGGCGGCUCCCGGUGGCGGAGGGCGGACACACCGAGCGGUGAGGUGUGGCUGGACCCCCAGCAGGACCCUUUGGACGGAGCCGGUUCUCCUGAUGUCAGUCCUCCUGAUGCCGCUUCUCCUGGUUCUCAUCGGUGGUCUCUCUCCAGUGUUCUGCAGCUGCUGGCGGGGGCCCGGGUCAGGGCUCCGCAGGUCGGGCUGAGGGCGUGGCUGCAGACGCUCUCCUCCUCACCGGACCCCGCGUGGCCCCGCCCCGACCGCAGGAAGAGGAACUUCUCGGUGGGUUUGGCGGGAAUGUGCUGCAAUCAGGGCUGCACCAAAAACGACAUCGGCCGGCUGUGCUGAGGACGGACUCACAGAGCUCCACUUGUAUAUUUAUUUAUUUAUUUAUUUCAUAUUAAUAAACAGCUGCGUCUUCAUCGCUA